AUGCCGCCCCUUCCUUCAGCUCCACACUUGUCCAUGGCCGACACACCUACUAUGCCGGGGGGUACCGCCUCCCCCACGAGUCUGCUAGGUGGAGACGCCUCGACGCCCUCUAAAGAUGUCGAAGCAGGGUCCGAUUCCUCGAAGAGCACGGCAACUGUCACACAGGAAAACGCUGCCAAGACCUCUACGGACCCUAAUCCUAGCCACCCCGUUGCUUCACCAUCGCGUGCGGACGUUAGCGACGAAGGAACAGCAGCUCGUUCGGGUACUGCAUCUGGCACUACGCAUGCUCAAACGAGUUCAUCGAUCAGUAUCUCGAUCCAAGGAUUGCGCGUUAACUUCAACAUCGAGUUUGCUCAACUGGCGCACAAACUAUACACGUGGUUACGCGACUUCUUCGUUGCGCGAGAGGACAGAGACGGCAGCGUGGAAGGUUCGGAUUCCGAGGCCCGCAUAUCUCAUACCCCUCGGCGUAUCGCCUUCAUGGUGCUAUGUCUGGCGGUCGUCACAGUUUGGGUUAACUGGUCUUACUCGACGUCAACUUCCCCCUGUCUAUGGCGGGCGCACACGGACGCGCUUGCGGAUCUUCAAAUAUCACGCAUCGGUGCUCUUCUCAACAGCACCGCCCAUGGUGCUAGCCGCUUCACGGAGUUGAACUCAGGUCGGCUUGGAAUCUCCGAGCUGCGCAACUACGUGCAAGAGCACUAUCACGAGGGACAGUCCGCUGCUGCGCUCAACAACGUCCUGAAGGAGUACGGCGACGAGAUGGCCGUUGUGUUACAGAAGCUCGUACGAAUGGACGCUAGCAUAACAGCGCUAGUGCAUAUCACGAUUGCACAUAAUGCGGCCACCUACCACCAUCUAGAUCUGUCCGGACGUACACCCCGAUGGUUGUCCUUCUUCUGCUGGAGUGCUUGUCAAGGCGCCAGUUUUGAAGUCAUCUACCUGGACAUGUUAAACCUGGAAGACGCCCUUCUCCAUGCGCUUGAUGCAACCCAAUAUGAUUCGAUCAGCCUCAGAGAUGCCGUCCAGCGCCUAUACGGUCACUCGUCCCACCUACAAAACCGCGUCAACUCGCUGGGUCUAUCGCGCUCGACGUCUCUUCCUGACGGACAGUCUGACGCCCUUUCAUCUUUAUGGGACUCCGUCGCACCAUAUCGCACCCCCACGACCAUGAAGACCAACCGGCGUCGCACACUCAUUUCCGUACGAGCGUCGCAGCGGAGGACAAUGGACUACGCUCUUGCCACCUACGAAAAUGUCCUCAAUUUGGCGGAGCAGAUGCGUCUGCUGAAGCUGGGCUUGAAGUCGCGGAGUACUUCGUGGUUCUCCUUCCUGAUCUGGUCACCGACCCCCGAGUUCGACAGUGAUCUAUGCUUCCCGCAUACCCUACGUGGAAUCAAGCCGUUCAAGCCGUUGUUGCUCGCAGUCAACGAGUUGCGCACGAUGCUUACACGCCGAGAUUGA